UGUCCCCCCGAGACGCACCUGCACCUGCAACCUGCACACACGCACACACCCACGUACUUGUGAAGGUGGAAGCAAAGAAAGCAUUCCGCGACUGUGACUGCGACGUGAGGGACAUGAUUUGGAGCCCAGUGAAUCUCGGCACGGAGACCCUUUCCUGUCGUCCAGAACUUGAUAUCACAUCUGGCCUCCCAUGCGUCCGUGCAUUAGCUUCUUUGCUGCAUCCCUAGCCGCGUGUGCUCCGUCAAGACACCCCCCACAAUGGUUGGACGAAAAUGCAGAAAAGAAGCGACGCAACGGGAGUGCUGUCACUCCUUUCUGAAUGGUGGUCGGUCCUCGCCGUAAACGGUCCAAUCUCAGUUCUAGAGUUCUGGGUUGUCAGGUUCGACCAGAGACAGACCGACCCUGCGAGAGAUUGGCGGGGCAAGGUGUCGAAGAAGGAAACCCGGGACGAAGGAGGAAGAGGGGGAACCUGGCGUAGUGGCAAGAACAGGUGUGCGUUUGUCACUCUUUUGUCAGGUCGUAGCGAUUGUGGCUGGAAGGGAAUCUGUCUACUAGAAUAACUAGCUACCUUACCUUGAUAGAUACGGUAGUGUGCGGAAUAGAGCGAGGUGUGGAUGGAGUGGGUGGGAUCACGAAUGCUGCAGCUUCGAGGGAUCCAUGGGCGCUAGGGGUGCGAGCGGCAGAGCGACA